AGCUACAAAUUAAUUUUAAUGCUGCACAUUCUUGUUAUAUGCAACUUGUAUUCCUUGACAAGUGUGGAAACUAUUCGAAUGAAGCUAACCCAGAUCCAUAAACAUUUUGAGUGCUUAUAAUUGGGGCCAUCAGUUCUGUCUCCUCUUGUUUAGUCACAUGGUACUUCAGUCCUUCGCCAGCUAGAUGUGGCAAUAGCCUCUGUCAAGCCCCUUCUCAAACAAUUAUCCCAUUUGCACCACUUCAAUAAUCUAAGUUCAUAAAUUGCCACUAAUUCAGCUCAGAUGAUGAUCGACAGUGAUAUUUACAGGCGACACUUACAUGUGAAAUUCAGUUUGAUUACGUACUGCUAGGGGUGCACCUAGUGGUAAGUAUGAAUUUUUGGCUGGACCGCAACAGCGGGGCCAGCCCUACAAACACGAAUGUCUGUGACUGACUGAGUGAUGAAGUUGCACCAUUGGUCGGCCGUGUUAUGAAGUUACACCAUUGGUCGGCCGUGUUAUGAAGUUACACCAUUGGUCGGCCGGAGAGGUCCAGCCAUAUACUAGGUUUUGACCUGGUCUUGUUAUGGCUGAUUCCAGUUGCCAGCUUUUUAAAGCCAAAUCAGCAUAUUUUUUAAAGUGUGUUUUGACGGCUUCACACCAUGAUCUGAGGCCAGCGCUUUAUCUUAGAAUACGUUUCAGUGCAACGAUGGACAAAAUGACGUGCUGCGGUUGCUGCAGAAGAGUCAGUUUUUCUAGUAAGCUCCUCAAAAGGUGCAAGUAGAGUCUACGAGUUUUACCUAUAACGUGGAUUAUCUUUAUAAGAUAAUGUUGAAAAUCCAAAUCCUGAGCAUGUUGCACUAGCUAAUUAUUCAUCAGACUAUUACGAGUAUGUUGCCAAGGCUCUUCACUUUGAUGGCCGACUACAUUUAUUUGAACCGGAAUACACAGAUGAAGAGCUAAAUUAAAUUUGUGCGCACACAGAAUGCUGUUGCUUAUGGUCAAUUCUGCAUGCGCAGGAUUAUUUUUGAUUUCUACAAAUAAAUUUCAACAUUCACAGGCAUGUUCACUUACCAAUAACAGUUUUAGGUAAACUGGGCUAGCUUGAAGGUACAUUCAACCUGUAGCCUAUCUUGAUAUGUCCCUAUAGAUGCCAUGGUGAAGCUACUGGCAUGGGGGGGGGGGGGGGGCAAAGCUUGACAAUGAAGCAGUUACGUAAAAUACUACCAGAACUGAUAGGAUUGAUGAAAAAUAUUAUGAAAAUAAGACCCAGGUUGAAAAAAACAGACCUUUAAUAUCCCCUUCACACACAUUGUAUUGUUUCCAGGCGACUGCUAUUUUGGGAAAGAGAUAGCAGCAGCAUCCCAAUGCAGUUGCGCUCAUGCUCACAUUUCUUAAAUCAUAAAAACGGAAUACAGACCAGCCAAAAUAAAAAUAAACCUCCCGGUCACUUGAUCGCGUGUUAUGGAGCGAAAAUCGGCCAGUUCCGAUCCACGGCUGAACAAUCAGUGCACCCCCACUUACUACCAUGGACAGUAUUUAAGCGUCAUUAAAAGUACUGUUGCAUAUUAGCAGUGUUCUAAAGUUUUAGAAGUUAUGGUUUACCAGUUCAUCAUACAUCAACUGACUUGGACUACUUGUAUAUUUCUAAUACACAUAAAUAUUUUUAAAAAUAGCAAGAAAAAAGUAGUAUCUGUAUCAGUUAUUUCAGUAACAACCAGUAGGCUACCAAAUCCAUGAAACCAAGUUUAAAAAGUAAUCUGUCAAAGUAGUUCACAGCACUUUGACCACUGCAACAAUAAAAACUAAUUAUUGAAAAUGGUAUCUUUUUCUCUCUAUGUGAUGCAUGGCUAAAUGUGUCAGAAAUUUGCUGCAGAUUAUAAUGUACAAAGUAUGUUAUGCCAUACAAUAUUUUUGUGUAUUUUUGUUUUGGCUUGUUACCUACUAAUAGCUAUUCUGCAUUGUACAUCUAUGUUUUCAAAAGCAGGCUUGUGGGUUUGGUUUGAUUAUUGUGAAACAAAUAAAAUACAUUUUUCUCAUAGAGCACCUUUAAUUACAUAGCCAUAUCAAAGUGUUUUAAAAUGGGCAAAAAUAAGAAUGACCAAAUCAGAACACAAGAUUACUGAAGUUAAGGCAAGCAAUAUUUACAGAAUAAAAAGGCAACGUAAAAAGAUUGCGCAUAGUGGUCCUUGUAUAAGGUCCUUGAUAAAGGCGUGGAUGAUUUCCUGUGCUUCUAAUUGGUUGAAUAAGGGUUAACUUAUCUAGAAAUGUUUUUUUUUUUAAGGUAAAGUUGGAUUUGCUCAGGGAGGUAUUAGCUGUGGUGGAGACAAUGGCUUUGUCCGGUCCCUCUCACCCCACAAUAGGUUAAAAAAAAAUAAUGGUUGUUGAUAUGAGCAAUUUUUAAGCUUGUAGUUCAAAUUUGGUAAAAAAUCUAAGCUACUCGGCUGUUAAAGAUUAAAUACCGGUGAACUGUCUAAACCGUUUUUUAAACCAGUGUUUGUGUUUACAUUGACUUAUGUGUAAGAUGCACGUUUAACUGAUAGCCUAAACUAACAACUGGUUCAUGUAAAAUCCCCCACCUUUGACAAAACACUGACGACCCUGUGCUACCGUUAGUUUUUGAUACCUAACAUAUUCUGUAUAUCAGGUGCUGUUUCGGAACAAUAGCUGUAGAUGCGCCGCCUGGAAAGUGCUUUAUAAAGCAGAGCUACCGUUAGGUUGAGGUAAGGAGUUUCUCCCCUGCCGUCGCUGUGGCCCAUUAUGAUAGAGGGGGAGUUCAGAUGUUCCGCGCAGCUGCCGCCAUUGUUAGCAUACAUCUUAGCAAAGUGUAACUGGGCAAGGAAGCUGAGGUGAGGUGUAAGAUAGAAGGGAUAUUACGCGAACGUUGCUUACCGGAGCAUACAAGAAAAACGUUUUUGGUUUGGCUUGAUUACAAUGAACUGGAACGACACUUUCCCUGAGUUUUUUCCUGUUAGUAAGAUAGCAGCGAACUUGGCUAGUAGUUUGCCAUAUAUCUUUGUUGUGCAUUCGCUGGGGUUUUUGCACCAAUUUAAAUGGUUUGACUACCCAUUGUGAACGGUGACUUUAGCUGAGGACGUUAUGAUUAGACGGACGAGUGUUACGUGUUCGUAGUAGCAGCUAGGAGAUGCAAGUUUUCGUACAUAUUACGAUAAGAGGCUGGACACAUCCAAUAUCCCUUUGUUUCAUAACAUUGGUAUCCCCUUCUGAUACGGUGCGUGGACUUGCAAGUUAGCUAGUUUCGUUACUUAGCCAACCAUCCGGCUGGUUAGCCCCAGUUGAGGGAUUUGAGAAAAGUAACGUUAGCACUACAGCACUGUAGUACAGGUUGUAUUUUUAUUUGACACACCUCGCUUGCUGCCAUACUUUUUCUAACGGGCUUAUUUAUUUCUUUGAGUCUGAGUCAGUGUUGCCCAUUGUAGUUGGUGUGCAAACAGAUAAAUAGGCCCCUCGUUUGCAGGUCAGUUUUAAACAGGUAAAGUCUUUCUGCUCAAUAAAUUCCCGCGAUUAAAAAAAAAAAAAAAAAUCGUGCGCCUUGUGCGGUCAUUCUUUUACUUUGAUAGCUAGAUCUAACCUCACUCAGGCUGAAAGAAUCGACUGUCCCGACCCCUCUGUACUAGCUACACCCGCUGAAUGGCACGAAAUCUUCGAACCUUCAGUGUUUCUCGUUUGAACUUUAGUUACUAAGUGCUCAACUUUUGUAAACCUACCAACAAAUCGAUGGAAAACAACUUUAUGCAUUUUCUUAGCUCUAUUUGAAGUGCAGCUUGUAGGCUAUAGGGAGACAUCAUGGAAACCAACCCCUGCACGGUGGGAGAGCACCUGCAGAUGACUCUGGACUGCCACAAGACCACCAUCUGCCGGCAGACCGGGCUACGGCAGCUGGGUGAGCUUGGCGAGAGCGAUGCGCUCCUGCUCCAGCUGCGCACCGGUCUGAUGGGCCUGGUGGAGGGCGACACGGUGUGUCUGCAUCACGAGAAGGUCUUCGUAGAGCGUUACGAGCACACGCAGCGGACCUGCUGCGAUCCAUUCAACAACCACAAGAAGGCCAUCCGGAAGGGCCUGCGGCCCAUCGACCUGGACGAGGCCACCUUCCUAACCGAUCGCUUUGCCCUGCAAUUUGUGCCCGGCUGGAAGCUUUGCGCCCGGUGCGCUCAACUGCUCAACGGAUACGCCGAUGUGGACGUUGAUUUGCGUCAGAGGCGGCAGCGGGAUAGGGAAGGAAAGACAGCAAAAGCUUUGAAAUCACUAGAAUUUGCCAAUCCUGGCCGCCAAACGGAUUUUGCUUAUGAAAGUAACCGGAGAGACAAGAGGCGAGCGGCCAAGCUGUCCUCAAAUGACAGGCAAACCAUGGGCGGAAAGAGCAAAGUGUACGAUAGCCGAGGCCUGCUUAUCGCGAGCGGCCGGGACAUGUGCGACUGCCUGGACGUGGACUGCAUGGGCUGCUUCUUACCGUGUCCCGAGUGCGGCUCGCGCAAGUGCGGCGUGGAAUGCCGCUGCGACCGCAAGUGGCUGUAUGAGCAGGUGGAGGUGGAAGGGGGGGAGAUCAUUCGGAACAAGUAUGCUAGCUAAAGCUGACUCCCUACUCCCUGCCUUUCCACCACUGACCCUUCAAAAUUUCAUUUUAUACCUUGCAGUGCAUUAAGCAAUGUGGGCUCUCAAGUCAAUGACUGCUCCUUUUUUUUUUUUUUUUUGUUCAAGAGCCUUCCUGUUCAACCAUGAACACUGUUGAGGUGGAGUUAUUUCAUUUUUUUAGUCUUGCAUUUGAAUUGUUCUUUUUAUUUAAAUAGUUCUGGAUUAAGAGUAGUUAAUAACCCAUUCUUCUUUAACGUCUGCUGAGUAACAGAGGGCUGUUCAGUGGCUGUACAUCAGGUGGUCCAGCUUCCCUUGUGAAUAUCAUGCUUCAGUUUCUUUGCUUUUAUUUAACUAGCAUUUUAUGUUAAUAAAAAUUAUAUUCCCGUUAUUA